AUGAGCCAUGACUCCCAACAGAACACGCCCUGGAUAGUUUCGCUCGCGGCUGGGGGGUUCGCUGGCGCUUACCCCUUCGAAUUCGCCAAAACCCGCGUCCAGCUGCGCGAACAAAAAGGCAUCCCCACCCCCCGCAACCCCUUCCGAGUGGUGGCCGGCGUCUACAGCACCGAAGGCCUGUCCGCGCUGUACAAAGGCUGCUCCGCGCUGGUGGUGGGGAGCGUGGCGAAAGAUGGGAUCCGCUUCUUGUCGUUUGACACGAUCAAGGAGACGUUCAAGGAUCCCGAGACGGGGACGCUGACGCCGGGGAGGAAUUUGGGGGCGGGGAUGUGUUCCGGUGUUGUAGCAUCCCUCUUCGCAGUAACCCCAACCGAACGCAUCAAAACCGCCCUCAUCGACGACGCCCGCACGGAAAAACGCUUCCACUCCACGCCCCACGCCAUCCGCACCAUCCUCGCCACCGACGGCUUCCUGGGCCUCUACCGCGGCCUCGCCGGCACGACCCUCAAACAAGCCGGCGCCACCGCCUUCCGCAUGGGCACCUACAACAUCCUCAAGGACUACGAGCGCACGCGCCAAAUUCCACAGACCACACUCACCAACUUCGCCAACGGCAGUGUAGCCGGCAUCGUGACGACCCUGGCGACGCAGCCGUUUGAUACGAUCAAGACGCGGUGUCAGAGUGCGCGGGGCGCGAGUACGGUCGAGGCGUGCAGGAGUGUGGUGGCGGAUUAUGGGGUGAGGGGUUUUUGGAAGGGGACCACGAUGAGGUUGGGUAGGACGGUGUUUUCGGGGGGGAUUCUGUUUACGACGUAUGAGUGGGCGGCGGCGAUCUUGAAUCCGUUGGUGCGGAAGACGGGGGUAGUAAAGGAGAGUGUGUAG